GCCGCGCACGGAGCCGCCGGGGCCGCGCCCUGCGAUGCGGGCGAGGGACGCGCUGACACCGCGCUGCUCUGCUGCUGCUGCUGCUGCUGCUGCUGCUGCUGCUGCUGGUUCUGAUUCUUCGCGUGCCUGAUUUAUUUUCUUCGGGUGUUUUCUAUCUACCCUCCCUGCUUUUUUUUUUUUUCUUUUUAAAUUUUUUUUGCUGUUAUUUUUUGCUGUUAUUUUUUGCCAGGUUUUGGUUUUUUUACUAAUUUUUUUUACUAUUUUCCUUACCAAUUUUUUUUAAAUUUCUGUACCAUAUUUUUUACUCUUUUUAAUUUUUUUUUUUUUUAGUAUUUUUCCUUCCUAUUUUCUUUAUUUUCUAUUUUCCUUCCCUUUUUUUUUUCUUCCUACUUUUUACUCCUUUUUUUAAAAAUUUUUUAAAAUUUUUAACUACGUAUUUUUAACUAUUUUCGGCUGAAGGGGGAACCCCGGCGCCGGGCGGCACCCACCACCACCCCCUCCCCUUUCCCCCGGCUCGUACGGUGGAGCGGCCGCAGGGUGUCCCCGGGCUCCCCCCGGCCGCCGCCGCUCCCCGCCCGGCGCGGCGUUGGCAGCCGAUGUAGGGCAGGCGCGGCGCGCCCGAGCCCCAGCGCCGCCACGGGAGCGGCCCCGCGGCGCCGUCUAUGCCCGCGCCGCCCGCCGCCCCCCCCAUGGUGCGCUCCGAGAGCCGCUGGGCAGCGCCGCGGGGACUCCGGGCUGCGCCGGGGCUGCCAUGAGAUAGAGCCGGCGGCGGAGCGAGGAGCCCCGCGGAGGAGGGCGCGGGGCGGGGGGAAGCGGCGGAGAGCGACGCGACCCCCCGGCCGCCCGCGGGUCGUAUGUUCAGGUCCAAACGCUCAGGGCUGGUGCGGCGACUUUGGAGGAGCCGCGUCAUUCCGGACAGGGACGGCGGAGAUGGGAGCGCCAGGAGCUCGGGCCACCACGACCUCGGAGCCGGCGGGAGCUGCAAGAUCGCCGAGAGGAGCCCCUCGGUAGCGCGCUCGCUGCUGCUGCGGGAGGCGGAGGAGCGGGCCGAGGCGGCGCCGCGCGGGGACCCCAUGGCGGAGCGGCGCGGGGCCCGGCUCCGCAACCCCGCCGGGGCCUCGGAGAGCGACGGCCGGACCGUGACCUGCUGCCUGUUCUCGGAGCGAGAGCCGGGCGGCCCCCAGCCGACCCCCGCCGCCGCCGCCGCCCCCUCCGGCCCCGACGGCGCGGCCGACGGCGGCUCCCCGGAGCGGCGGGGCCGGGAGGCGCGGGCGCGGCUGCUGCUGCUGGAGCAGGAGCUGAAGGCCGUCACCUACUCGCUGCUGAAGCGGCUGAAGGAGCGCUCGCUGGACAGCCUGCUGGAGGCGGUGGAGUCCCGCGGGGGGAUGCCCGGAGGCUGCGUCCUGGUGGCCCGCACCGAGGUGCGCCUGGGGGGCCUGGCGGCGCCCCCGCACCUCCUCCUGGGCAAGCUGUUCCGCUGGCCCGACCUGCAGCACCCCGCCGAGCUGAAACCCCUCUGCGAGUGCCAGAGCUUCGGCGUCGCCGACGGACCCACCGUCUGCUGCAACCCCUACCACUUCAGCCGCCUCUGUGGGCCAGAGUCUCCACCACCUCCCUACUCUCGGCUGUCUCCUAAUGAUGAGCAAAAGCCACUGGAUCUAUCAGAUUCCACGUUGUCUUACACUGAAACAGAGGCUACAAACUCGCCCAACGUCACGCCCGGAGAUUUCUCAGAUGCCAGCACGUCGCCCGACGCCGUGAAGAGGAGCCAUUGGUGCAACGUGGCCUACUGGGAGCACCGGACGCGCGUGGGCCGCCUGUACACAGUGUACGAACAGUCUGUCAGUAUCUUCUACGACCUACCUCAAGGAAACGGCUUCUGCCUCGGACAGCUAAACCUGGACAACAGGAGCGAGACUGUGAGAAGGACUCGAAGUAAAAUCGGCUACGGGAUCUUGCUCAGCAAGGAGCCGGACGGCGUGUGGGCCUACAACCGCAGCGAGCACCCCAUCUUCGUCAACUCCCCGACACUGGACAUCCCCAACUGCAGGACCCUCAUCGUGCGCAAGGUCAUGCCGGGCUACUCCAUCAAGGUGUUCGACUACGAGAGGUCCUGCCUGCUGCAGCACUCGGCUGACCUGGAGUACGCAGACGGGCCCUACGACCCCAACAGCGUCCGCAUCAGCUUCGCCAAGGGCUGGGGGCCCUGCUACUCCAGACAGUUCAUCACGUCCUGCCCGUGUUGGCUGGAGAUCCUGCUCAGCAACAACCGAUAACGCUCGGCCCUCUCCACGAAAGGAAAGACAGCGCGGGAGGAGGGGGGGGAAAAAAAAAAUACCCUACAAAAAUUAAAAAAAAAAAAAAAAAAAAAAAGACACAGACUAUCCCAAAUAUCAUCUACCUAGAUUUAAUAUAAAGUUUUAUAUAUUAUAUGAAAAUAUAUAUUAUACUUGUAAUUAUGGAGUCAUUUUUACAAUGUAAUUAUUUAUGUAUGGUGCAAUGUGUAUAUGGACAAAAAACGGAAAAUGCACUUUGGCUUAUAUAAUUCUUUCAAUACAGAUUUUUUUUUUUUUAAAAGAAGAAAAAAAAAAAAAGAAAAAUUAUACAGCAAAAAAUAGGAGAAAGCCCUAAUUUUUGAUGUAUGUUUUUUUUUGAAAUAUUAUUAAUACCCAGACAAAAAGCUAAUACCAGUCACUCAUUGAUAAUAAAGUAUUCGCAUUAUGGGGGGGGAUUUAAUUGUCUUUUUUCUCCCCCCCCCCCCCAGCUGAAGGCUAACAGUGUCUGCUGGGGUGCUCUGCAGUCAGGGGAGGUCCAGAGGGGUGCCCUCUGUCUCCCAUCCCAGCCAGGACCCCAGAAAGCCAGUAAAUAAGUUGGGAGGCUGCAGUUGGCUCCAAGAGGAGGGUGAGUGAGGACAGCUGGAGAGCAAAGGGAGCACUUGGAGAAGGGGAAAGGAAAGUCUCCUGUACCUGUUGUCACUCAGGACGGUGUCUCUGAUAACACAGAACGUGGUGAGGGUGUUCAUGCUGAAGUUUGGGCAGGUUAAUGCUCCUCAGUGCAAAGAGAAAAGCAGAAGUUAUUGUGGCCCUCAAAGCUGCCCAGUAGGAGCAGUUUGGAACAUCAGCCUUUCACACAGGGCUUGUGUGCAAGUCCAGCACCUCCCCAGACGUGUUUUGUGGUUGAGACACAAACAGGGGGUGUGGACAACUCCUGCUUUGGGGGAUCCUCUGUUGGAGUGUGGUCUGAAUUUCAGGAGCCUCUCCAGUAACUCAGAGGAAGGGAUUGGAUGAGUUGUGUGCAGGUUUUUUGUCCCACAGAUGUCCCAGUCUGUUGUCCAGGCAAUAAACCGAUUCAGAACUGUUUGGGAAGAAUGUAUUUGCUCUGAGGAGCAGUUGCAGCCAGAAAAGUGUCCUGGGCAAAUGUGCUUGUCUGGGCUGAUUUACACUCUGGAAAUACUGGAUAAAAUCAGGCCCUUUGCUUGACUUGUGCCUGAACUCCAUCCCUGUCAGCACAGGGCACCCACGUGCUGCCAGGGGCAGGUUGGACGCUGGCUUGGCUUGGUUAGGGAAGUUAUUUAUUGCCAGGGAGCAGCGCUGCCAAGUCUUGGACUCGUGUUCCAAAUCCCUGUACCUUGGAUUUCCAUGAAGUCCCAGCCUCUGGAGUGCAGUGACUGGGAAGCACCUCAGCUUUCAAGGUCACAGGGGGUGUUUUUGUCACCUUUGUAUUUGCAGAGGAAAACGUGCAGUGAGACCUCCUCAAACUCGGAGUAAAACAAAACAAGACCCAAACUUACUACUCAAAAGCCCUCCUGAGUGAGGAUGGGGAAUCCUGGAAUGGUUUGGGUUGGAAGGAACCUUAAAGCUCAUCUCAUUCCACUGAGACACUUUCUGCUAUCCCAAAUUGCUCCAAACCCCGUCUGGCCUGGCCUUGGACACUUCCAGGGGUGGGGAAAGGUGGGCACUGCAUCCCACAGGGAAUCUCACAGAGCUGGGUGGAUGUUUGGAGAGACCCGAGCAGAGCAACGUCCCAGUGACAUUUCCUCAGUCAUUUUUCAAAUUACAACCAUAUUUGAUGUUUAAUUGGGACCACAUUGGUUGAGUUUCCUGCAGCAUCACUAUUAAUACUUGACAUCAUGGAUUUUUGUUUGUGUUACAGCCAUUCUUAGGGAACGGUGUCAAAACACGUCACUCUUGUUUAAAGCAGCUUUCAAGAGCUUUGCAGGGAUUUUUUUUUCAUCCCUUUUGGCUUGGGUUUGGUGGGUCCUGCCAUACCACCCCCCUCCCUUGUGGUAUCACUUUCCUGUGGUCAGUCAAGAGGCCAUUUUUAUGUUUUGGGGUGUUUUUUUAGGAGAUUUUUGUUAACACUCUCCUCAUUUUACCUGGGAAGAAUCAGCCAAAAGCUCACUUGCUUCUCCCCAUUUCCUUUACUUUUUCCCAGCAUUUCCCACCACUUCCCAAAAGGUUUAGCAUUCACAUCCCAAGCUGGCUGCUGCCUUCCUCCCUGUCCUGCUCCUCCUCCUCGUGUGCACACAGCGAUGCAGCAGCACCAUCAUUACCCACUCCAUCCAUCUUCUGGACAGAACAGCACCAAGGCUGCACGUGAGGGUUAAAUUUGGGCUUCCCCUUGUGCAAUCCCCUGAUGGUGCUUCAUUUUUCAUUACUCAUGUGCUUCCUCCAGGAACAAAUCUGGAGUUUUAUUUUGACAGCAAGGCUUUAAAGGGAAUAAAAAAGGAUUUUAGGGUGAGGCAAUGAAAUAAGUAUCCUUUUCUGUCCCAUUUUGCUCCUUUAAUCUUACAGUCAUUCACGUUUAGGAUUCUUUAAAGAAGAUUUG